UCAUCCCUCUGGUGCCUUUUUUUUUUUCUCUGAUAUUCGCCCUUAUUACCAGCUGCUUGGGCUAGAUAUCCAUUUCCUUCUUCUCCCGCCCUCUAGCGCUGCCUCUUCUUACGUUACUCUCUAUAUCUGACCAAAUUUGGUAGUCUAUCACGACUCACUCACAUACAUUUCAAAUUGGCUCCUACUUUGCAGGAAUAUCAUAUAUUGCCCAGUCUAUCAUGGCAAUGCCUCUUCGACCUCUACACUUCCUGUCUCGUGAAGAUGGCACCCUUACGGCCCUGGUUGCCGUUGAUGAACUGCCCCAUUAUGUCUCUAUCAGAGGCGUUCCUCGCACUCUGAACCACAGCGACACCCAGGGUAUGACCAGCCUUGGAACAGUCAAGUCUCGUGGACAAUUCUACCUUAUCGACAGUGCUAUCCAGCACACACCCAAGUCCGUGGGAGAAAAGACAAACAAUUCUGGCCGCCAGGUGGUCGCAGCAGCCGCACGCGGGCUCGAGGACUUUGGCCAGCUGGCGACCGCACCCCAAAACCCCACGGCAGAUGCAUCUGCGGGCCAGAAUCCAGACUGGACUCUCGUUACCACAGGUGGUGCUCAAACCUCUACAAAGCAUAGCUCCGGUCAUCGCCACGGCAAAGGUGGUCAAAAUGGGAAUUCUGCCAAAAAGGAAUACUGCUCGUUCUGGCUUCGUCAUGGAGAGUGUGACUAUCAGCAGCAGGGAUGCAUUUUCAAACACGAAAUGCCUACGGAUAAACCCACGCUUGAUAAGCUUGGGCUCAGAGAUAUCCCUCGCUGGUACCGUGAGAAACAUGGAGUCAAGGGGCUCGGGGGCGCUGCUGGACGAAAUCGCCAUGAAGGAAACGGACGCAACUGGCGUGCUGAAAACCAUCACCAUAGCCAUCAUCACCUCCCAGUCACUGCUGCAAACCCAGCCGAUAGACGCGACGCUAAUUGUCACCGGGUUAUGACUACAGAGGCCCAGGCGGAAAGGCCCAGAGCUACCCCUACACCCCCACAACAGCUUAACCUUUCUACCCUGCCUCAUGGUCACCCAACCAUGUAUAACAACAUACCCGGCACUACUCAUGGGCCUCCUAUGGGCUUAUCUGCCCCAGUAGGUUUGAACGUGAACAUGUCAGCAAACAACCCGCCGCUUGAGGGCCCGAAAUUUACCAAUCGAUGUGAUCUUAUUUCCAUCGAUGACUUCCGGAAAACACCUACGCCCGACCACACGGUACAGGACAGGAUUAAACCUUCGCUUGGAAACUUCUCUGGUAAUGGCAAUCAGUCUCAUGUCAAAAUUGACCUUAUGGACCAGCCAUUUCCCACUGGCCCAGGACUACCACCAACUGCGCCAGCCACCAGCUCAAACAACGGACAAGGACAGAAUGCUGUAUCUCACAACAACAACAACAACAACAACAACAACCUGAUGCUUUCUCACAGUUAUGCUCCAGGCUCUCUGCCACUUCCAGGGUCAACAUCUCUUUGGACCAUAACCGGGAAUGAAGGGGAUAACUGGAACUUGUUACCCCUUACUCCCUUCUUGCCCGUUGCAGGGGCUCCUCCUGUUAACCAGCAGCCGAACGGCCAGGGAACUCAGAUCAAGAAAAAACCCCAGCGCUCUCGUCGACUCUACCAACGCAGACCAUCUAUCGAUGGCAACGAUGGCACUGAUGAGGAAAAGCACUUGCGGCCAACAAACAUCGCCCCCAUAAACACUACUAUAACUAACCUGGACUUCAAAGUCCCCGCAUCAAGGGCAAUCUCGCCUUGCUUUUCCUCUCAUCCCCAGUCUGGCAGUUAUGCUUCUUCCCCUUGCUCCCCCCGUUCUGGCCUGACUGCCAACCGUUUCCCUGAUAACUUCGAAUUUCGUGGAAAUGGCAAUCACAGAUACGGGAGCCGUGGAUCUCCAAACUCCACCCAAUCGACUCAGACCAGCAGAGGAAUUAACUGUGAUUUGUUUGAUCUUGGGCUAAACAACCCAGUUACCCUUACUGCCAAACACAUCUAA